AAUACUCCGUAUUUGGUUGGAGAAAGUUUCUUAUAUAAACAUCAUCAUCAUCAGCAUCACUCAAAAAGACAAGGAGGUUUCUUGAAUCUGGUAAUGAUAGUUGAUUCCACAGCUGCUCUAAAGCGAAGGAGGUUCUCAACUGCUGAUCCCAUGGAAGCUGAUUCCGCCAAGGCAAAGCUUGCAGCUGCAAAGGAAAAAUUUGGCCGUGAAAUCCGUGUCUUCCCAACAAUAACUGAAUCCCUGUCCUCAAGUGAUAUCCCUAACAAUGACGAAUCAGAAGACUUCUAUGAGUUUACAGCAGAUGAUUACUACCGUUUAUUGGCAACCAAGAAGGAAGAUAAGUAUUUGAAGACUCAGAAAAUAAGGGAAGCAGAACAAGCUGCUCGCAGAUCAAAAAUAACUAAGACUGCAAUCAGAGUGAGAUUUCCUGAUAAUUUCACCUUGGAGGCAUCAUUUCAUCCAUCAGAGACAAUCCAAGACUUGGUUAACCUGCUCACGAAAGUGGUUGCUAGGCCGGAUUUGCCUUUCUAUUUGUAUACUACUCCUCCCAAGAAGCAGAUAAAAGACAUGUCGCAGGAUUUUUACUCUGCCGGUUUUGUUCCUGGUGCAAUUGUAUACUUCUCGUAUAAUGCAGCAAAGGGUGAUGAUGGUGCCCAUGGUCAGCACUACCUCCAAGAGGAGAUAUUGUCUUUGCAAGGGUUGGAGUCUGCUAUAACAAAGCAGCCGGAUGAAGUGGUUCCUGAGCUGCCGCCUUCGGUAGCUGACAACCACACUCCUCACACUCCUCAAGAGCAAAAACCUGCUGAGAAAAAGAACAUCAAGCCAAAAUGGUUAAAAAUGUAGUAUGGAUUUCAGGUGAUUUAAGUAAAAGGAGCGGAUCGCAGUGAACUAGACAAAAAAAAAGCAGCAAGCCUUUUCUCUCAUUACAGUUUGUAAUGCAUUCCAAAGACGCGUUCAAUGUGACCGUAAUUGUAUAAUGAAUGAUGCUUUUCUAGUCUCCCCUUCUCAAAUUUGUGGUAUCUAAAUUGCAGUUUGCAGCAUUUGUGCAAUUUCCUUUUGUUUGCUGUCUAAAUUUGGUUGCCCACCACGAGUCUUUUAUGGUCAAUUCACCCCUCCUUAAAUUAGUGAUAAAUUAAAUUUUACGUUCUUUC